UCUAUACCAUAGAUUAAAUACCAUAUCAUACUAUGCAUGAAUUUAGGUACCUAGGUAUCUAGGUAUAGAUAGACGAAGAAACAAAUGGGACGGUGCAGUGCUCGCAAAUUAAAAUAUUUAAAUCUAGGUAGUUCAUAUCAUAAAAACACUGGCGAGUUCCUAUAGGAAACGUCUCGAUAUUCAUAAUUCAAUUACUAUUAAAGAAAUGGACACAAAAUUAUAUACAUUGGGUGAGUUGGUGCGGUGACGGGCAUGGGGGACAGUGAGGGCGGCGCGGGCAGCGGCGCGGGGCUGGCAGACGCCGUUCUGCUGGCGCCGCUCACCGAGGACACGUUCCUACACAACUUGCAUGUGCGAUAUAAACGGGAUAUCAUUUAUACAUACGUGGGCAACGCGCUGGUGUCGGUGAACCCGAGCCGCGCGCUGCCGCUGUACUCGGCCGAGCUCGUGCGCGCCUACCUCGCGCGCCCGCCCUACCAGCUGCCGCCGCAUCUAUACGCGAUAACGGCGAGCGCGUACCGCUGGGUGCGCGACCGGCAUUCGAGCCAGGUGGUCGUGGUGACGGGCGAGAGCGGCGCCGGCAAGACCGAGGCGGCGCGCGUCUGUCUGCAGUGCGUGGUGCUGGCGGGCGACGCGGGGGACGGGGGCCACGCGGCGGGGACGGGGGCGGGGGCGGGGGCGGGCGCGCGUCUCACCGCCGCCGGCACGCUGCUCGAGGCUUUCGGCAACGCCGCCACCGCGCGCAACCACAACGCGAGCAGAUUCGGCAAGCUUCUGGACGUGGAGUUCGACUUUAAGGGCGCGCCAGUGGGCGGACACAUCACACAUUACCUCUUGGAGAAGGAGCGCGUGCGCGGGCCGGCGGACGGCGAGCGCAACUUCCACGUGCUGUACCAGCUGCUGGCCGGCGCAGACGCGCAUCUGCUUAAGCGUCUGAAGCUUCAGCGAUCAUGGGAACAGUACCGCAUCCUGCGCGGGGGGACGGAACCUAUAGCGGUUGCGGGCGCCGCCCCGGGCUCGUGCUCCCCCCGCCGUCCCCCGCCCGCGGGCACGCCGCCCCCGGGCGCCCGCCCGCCGGCCGCCGACCGAGAACACUUUGCGUUCACUAAGGCCGCAAUGAACACGCUAGGGUUCGGCGGCGCCGUGUGCGGCGGCGUGCUGCGCGUGCUGGCCUUCAUCCUCAAGCUCGGCAACGUCGAGUUCGAGCCACACCACAACAUCGACGGCACCAUCGGCGCUAGAUUGCAACACCAUUACGAAUUGACGGAGGCGUGCUCGGUUGUGGGCGUGUGUUCGACCGCGCUGACGUCCGCGCUGGUGGGGGCGGGCGCGGGGGAGGGCCGCGGGGAGGAGGAGGAGGAGCUCCCUGCCGCCGACUGGGCCGCCGCACUCCGGGACCGCAUACUGCAUGCCGUAUACGCUAGGCUCUUCACCUGGCUCGUCAACGAGGUGAACGUAGUGAUAGCGGGCGGGUCGGGCGGGCGCGGCUGCACGCUGGGCAUCCUGGACGUGUACGGGUUCGAGUCGCUGGCGCACAACGGACUGGAGCGGCUGCUCAUCAACUACGCGGCCGAGCGGCUGCAGGCCGCCGUCACCGCCGCCACGCUCUGUCUCGAGCAGGAGGACUACAAGCAGGAGGGCCUGCAGUGGACUACUCUGCAGUACUGCGAUCACGAGCUGGGCGCGGAGCUGCUGGACCUGGGCCCGGACAGCGUGCUGGGCGCGCUGCGGGACGCGACACUGCGGGCUGCGGGCGACGUCGGCCUGCUGCAGCGGCUGCAGCGCCGGCGACAUCCGCGCCUCACUCUGCUGCCGCCCGAUCACUUCCAAGUGGUCCACUUCGCGGGCGCGGUGACGUACAACGCGCGCGGCAUGGUGUCGCACAACCGCGACGCAGUGUGCCGACGCGCAUGCGCGGCGCUGGGCGGCGCGCGCGAGCCGCUGCUGGCGGCGCUGUUCGCGCGCGCGCCCGGCUCGCCGCGCGCGCGCGCCAGCCUCGCCUGCCGCCAGCGCGCGCUGCUGGCCGCGCUGCUGCGUCGGCUGCCGGCCGCGCCGCGUCUCGUGCGUUGUCUGCGUCCCGACCGCCUGCUGCGUCCGCACCGCUUCGACGCGCCGCUUGUGAGGCAUCAGAUACGUACGCAGGGGAUAAUGGAUAUGGCACUGUUGCGGCGCGCGGGAUGGUGCGAGUCCAUGCCGGCGCGUGCAGUGCUCUCGCGAUACGGGAUGCUGCGGGGCGCCGGUGCGGGGCACGCGGGGCACUCGGGGGAGGGGCAGGGGCAGGCGGAGGGGGAGGUGCGCGUCGCCAGGGCCUUGCUGCGGGCGCUGCCUAUCCCCAGCGCGGAGUUUGCGUACGGCAGGACCAAGGUGUUCAUCCGGAGCCCCCGCACGGUGUGGGAGCUAGAAGCUUUGCGAGCGGCGCGCGUGUCGGAGUUGGUGAGUGUCGUGCAACGCGCGUGGAGAAGACACCGCGCGCGCCAGCGCGCCGCACGCCGGAGACGCGCGCAGUCCGUUAUCGCACGCGCGUGGAGGGCUUAUCUCGCGACGCGCGAAGUCCCGGAGCGCGCGGCGCUGCGUCGCGUGCGGGCGCUGGGCGGCGCGGGCGCGCGCUGUUGGGCGGCGGGCGUGCUGUGGCGCGCGUGGGCGGGCGCGGCGCGGCGACGCUAUCUGCUGGCGCUGGGGCGGCGGCUGCCGGCGCGGCACCGCUCGCCCGCGCUGGCCGCGUGGCCUCCGUGCCCGCUGCCGGCGCUGCUGGCGCGCACGGACGAGCUGUUGCGCCGCUUGCACCACCGCUGGCGCUGCAGACUCUACCGCGCAGAGUUCGACCAGACCGCCCGAAACCGCAUGCGCGAGAAAGUCACUGCCAGCGCGCUCUUCAAGGACCGCAAGCUGACGUACCCGCGCAGCGUGGCGCACCCGUUCGUGGGCGACUACGUGCGCCUGCGCGCGUCGGCGGCGUGGCGCCGCGGGCUGGUCGCCGGGCUCGCCGACCGCUACGUCGUCUUCGCGGACGUCGUCGGCAAGGUGGUACGGUCGUCGGGGCGCGUGGCGCGCUGCCUGUGCGUGGUGUCGACGGGCGCGCUGCUGCUGCUGGAGCCGCGCUCGCUGCGGCUCAAGCGACGCGUGCCCGCGCACGCCGUGUACCGCCUGUCGCUGUCGCCGCUGGCCGACGACGUGCUGGUGGUGCACGUGCGCGCGCCCGCGCCCGCCGCCGACGAGCCCGGCUGUCUGCUGGGCGGCGAGCGGCGCCGCGGCGACCUGGUGCUGCGCACGUGCCACGUGCUGGAGCUGGCCACCAAACUGUUCCUGGUGGUGCAGAACGCGGUGGGCGCGCCGCCGCAAGUCAACAUCGCGCCCGAGUUCGACGCGGACUUCGGCCAGCAGACGGUGACGGUGGCGUUCCACGCGCUCAGCGAGGGCGGAGCGCCCGCGCGGCUACUGCGCCGCGGCAGUCGCCUCGACGUGCUGCUAUGAUGUCUUCUUAUCCUGUACUAUUAUACAUUGCUUUCUCCUUUACCUUUUAGAACGAUGCGAUUUUUACGAUCGCUCGUUUACACGUAGGAAUCGUCCCAUGUCCCACACAAAUAUCCUUAAGCUUAUUUCACGGAUUUAAUGUUAUUUCUACAAAUAUACCUACAAAAUACGGAUAAACGUGGCCUUCGCAGUUUUUGCCCCUGUCUAUCCUAGAAAAGACGUGACCUGUAUACAUUUUCUGUGAGACGAUUCACACACGGCUGGGCGUGGCACCAUCAUAGAUCAACACAAAUGAAAAAAAAACCCAGGGGGCGAAGGGUUACACGCGUGCGUACUAUAACAUCAUAUAACAACGACACCACACAUGUAAAAAACUAUUCAUUGACCAAUCUUGCACUCCCUCCCUGUCAUAGACAUAGCCAUUAUGAUAAAGCAUCCCUGUUUGACGGAAGUGGAUUUAUCAUCCUUAUUUCUAAAGCAUAAAUAAAUAAAUGGCGUGAAAGAGUACACACACACACAACUAUAUACAGAUACACAGAGGAAUACACAUCCUCACAAACUAUAAUAUUAGUGGGAUAUGAUAAGAAUUCACUGAAAUGAGAAAUUUAUUUCAUCUUUUUGGAAAUUUGAUGUCUAAUCGGGGAUAUCAAACUUCCAAAUGCAAUUUUUUUACAGCAGGAAGAGAAAAAUGCGGUAUUAUAGGCUACUCAUACACUCGAGCGGUCGACUUAGUACUAGAAAACUGAACACACGUAGUUUUAUUACCUGUGAUAGGGGUAAUGGGUACCAUGCAAUUCUAGUCGGGCGGUAGAGGUCUCAUAGAGGCCCGUGAGACGUGUGAGAAUCGUCUUAAUACAAUCGUCAAAUAAUCUAUGACCGAAAACUUAAAUUUAUCCAUAUUUAUGGAUUACAUUAUCUGUCACAAUUUUGGUGAUCAGAUGUUGUAUCCAUUUGUGAAUAAUUUGAUUAGUGUGUUUUGUAUUCUGUCCGUCUUAUCUCUGCACAAUGUUUCACAUACUACCAUACUCAUGUUACCUGAAUAAUAAUUCUGGUAUUUUUCACCAAAUCCUCAUUGACUUAUUACAAAAAAGGUUCUUAUACAGCUUUGGAAUGUGUCUCCCAUGUUAUCCCACAAGCCGCGCCUAUAUAGAAGUCCCCGAAGCCCACUCGUUAGUUGUCGAGCAUUCAAUGUGCCUUUUGAAGUGCUAAAGCCACGAGAUCUGCCCUUGGUCUUUCAUAUCGCGAGUGAAAAAACGCAGAACUUUAUCACUCAUACAUAAUUUAUUUAUAGCACAUUGUUCACCGAGGAAAGAAAGAUUUCAACGAGAAUUUCGAGAGCUUUACACACGAGAAUCGUGCUUUCUUUGGGUGUACAUGAUGACUUAUAUAUUUGUAAGAUUUGUAAAAUAACACCGCGAGAAGAAAGUAAUUCCGCCGAGGCGAAAACAUACGGAUGUAUGCGGGUUUGGACGGAGAAUGUUCAGUAAGUAUGACAUUUUCCGAUUUUGUAUAAUAGUAAUACCUAAAUCAAAAAAUAACAUAAGAAUGAUCCAUAUUGUCAAUACUAUUUGUUUGACUUUUAAUCUAAAGUUUGAUCAUGGUACUUUCGGAACAGGUGUCGUAUAAAUAUUUUAUGUUAAGACUAUUUCAAGUUUUUCUUUUUUUAUUGUAUAAUAACGUACAAGUUUUAUUUCGUCAAUUAUAGGAAGAAUUCGUUUCGACCGAGCAUUUAUUAGCCGUAUCUUAAUAUCAGACAAAUAGAUUCAGUAAACGGACAUAUCUUUGCUGUAGUCCAAGGUUAUUAAUGUUUCAACACAUUCAUAUUAUGGCGUGUUCACUAUUUCUUCCUUUAACGUGUCCAGUGAUCCAGUCGCUACUCGAGUGCUUGUUGGGUGUUUCAAUAAGGAUUAUAUAUUACACCCGCACGUAUCACCUUUGAUUUUAGCGUUAAAAAAUAAAAGCUACGUAAACAUGUUAAUAAAAUACCUGUUUUUUUUCUAUCUGUUACACGUCCCAUUGGUGGGCAAAUUCCCUUCAAGUUUGUGCUCUUUGUGAAUAAAUUAUUCGCGCACGGCAGUGCGCGCUUUAAUGAACACUCAUAUUCAAUCGCGGUUGUCAAUGAUAUAACUAUUAACUAUAACCAAGGUGUAUUGGUGUCUGACAAAAUAAAUACAGUUCCCGAUUAAAAAAAUGGUUGCCACAGACCAUCUAUACCUGUCCUCCUUGAUAGACCCUAUCUGUGAAUUAAUUGAUAUAUCGAUAAAUAUAAAACUCAACAAUUUACCAUGUUUUCAGGUGAGCAGGGCCAAAGAUAUGAAUUUAAUUUUAUAUGUGACUGCCACUAUAUAUCAUUGUAAAUUUUAUACAAUUUAAUUUUUAAUUGUGUUUUUUAAACGGUAAGCUAAUUAUUCUAUAAAAUAUACAUAGGUUAGCUAAAAUAUCGAAUUGGUCAGCAAAUACUUUUAAAAUAAUGUAAAUAGGCCAGUUAACAAAAUUUUGUUAAGAUGACUAUAUUCGGGCUUUAUAUUAAUAGAAAUACCGUGAUAAUGACAAUGCUUUCAAAGAUUUCUCAACAAUAAACUCACACAAAUGAUACUAACAAAUAACGUCAAAUACUAACAGAUUAGCAAAGUGGUGACUUGCUAAUCUGGUUCGCAAAGAAAUAUAUGUUUGUUCGACAGCUACAUUAAAUUACAUUUAUGGUUUUAAUAAAAUUUUAUUUUUUUAAAUGAUGGACGGACUUUCCAACAAACUUUAAAUCGUCGUAUAUUUUUUUUUAUGGUUGUUGCUGACUUAUUUUUUGCGUACCUAAUUUUAAAAUGGCAUACCAAAUAAUUAAUUCCCAUUUUUAUAGUCAAUUUACUGAACCUUAUUCUAAGCGAGCGGAGCUUCAUUCAACCUCUGUCCAUAUAAGCUAGGUAGCUCAGAUGAACCGUUGAGUUUUCUUGUUGGGAGCCGAUCUUGGAUGUGACACUCUGCUGACCAAACGUUGCUUACCAAUCUUGCUGCCCAAAUAAUUAUUUUGCUGGCCAAAUCUUGCUGCCCAAUCAGUUAUUUUGCUGGCCUGCUCAUAUUUAAUUUAAAUUGCUUUAUUCAUAUUUUUUUGCAGAACAAGAACUUUUUCCUAAUUUUUUUAUUGUCUACCAAAUAAUGAUUUGCUGGCCAGAUGAUUAUUAGACUGACUUUUUUUGCUUACUAAAUGUUAAAAUGGCAUACCCAUUUUUUAUAGUCAAUUUACUGAAUCUACUUCAAUGUCUCACUUAGGCACGUCUAUUUAGAGAACCCAAUAAUAUUAAGUAGUGCAUAGUUUAUAGAAAUUAGCUAGGCACUGAAAAAUUGUUUUUUGUAAAGUGAACUGUUUGAAACAGUAGCUCGUGUUCUGGCGGAACAGAAACGUUUUCUGGCGGGCUACCGUGAAACAUAAACAUUUCAUGUUACUGCCUCCACGCGAUCUCUCUUUUUUCCCGUGCUAUAUGUUUGUAUGUUUCGUAGUGGUGGCGUUCUGGACUAAACCAUGGAGUAUGUUGUACAAAGUGUGAUAAUGGUAGGCGGAUUCCGCUUAGCAUAGCAAUGCAUUAUGAAGAACAAUACUAAUCCGGUACAGGCACGUGUUCAUCAGUGUGUGGCACACAUUUUCGUCAAUAUGAACAGUCAUUGUCGGUGAGUCAUCUCACGUUCAUCAUAAAUUUCUAUUCUAUUCCAGCAUAUUACGUUGAAAUAGCCUCCAGUUUUUCCAAGUAACUGGCCUGGUGCCUAUAUGUGCCUGUAUAUAUACCAGACUUUACAUUCAGUCCGCCAGAACUAAGGCAAGAACACUACCGUCACUAAGACACACGAUUGCAUGGUGUGGAUUACGCAUGGUGAUUGAUGAUGAUGACAGUUACACAAACUAAUAAUUAAGUAUCAAGGUGCCAAAGCUAGAACGCGUUGUUCGUCCUUCCGGGGAGCAACGCGGUUUAGGAUAAUAUUACAAUGCGCGUGAAAUGUUGCGUUUCGGCCCAUGUCACUCGUGACCCGUGUAUGUUAAGCAUGUAAAGACGUAGUAUAAGUUAUAGUGAGUGAGUCGUGCUCGGUCGCUCAUGUUCGUGCCUGAGUGCGUCCGGCGCGCGCUGUUACAGAUGAUCUAUUGCUGUUACAACUCUGUUAUGUCCGUGCGGUCGCCGCACGUCCUCGCUCGCCGCUUGACAGUAUAUUCGGCUCGAACUAUUCGCCGAUUGAGGAGAGCGGGGCGCGUGACGGCCGCUACAAUGAGAAUUUUCCAUUUACGUUGAUCGAGGCGUGCGUAUACAUGUUAUGUUUUUAAUGAAUACAUAUGGAAAUGUUUUAUUGUUUAUAAUAAAAUUGUAAAAAGAAAA